AUGGAUUUAGGUGCUAAGAGUGUUCAGCUGAACUUGACCUCAGGGAACUUUGACCUGAAAAAUGUCAAGCUGCUGAGGACAAUCUCAGAGCCUGACCUGACAAACUUAGCAAAUAUGGACAUGGAAGUUGACCCAGGGAAACACGCCACACUCAGGCGACAUCACAGUCUGGACAUGACAGUUGUACCAGAGAAUGAUGGCAGCGAUGAUGGUGAAGAUGAUGAUUUUGAAGAAGAGGAUAUCCCAACUUUUGACAAUGAUGAGGAAACAGGCCAGGAUGAAAAUGAUGAUGAUGAGGACAUUAAAAGUAUGAUGGAAACAUUACAGAGCAUCAUAGAUAGUGAUGGUGAGGAUAAAGAAAAGACCAAAGUCAGCGUACAGAUCUCAGAAGCUCGGGACAUGACAGAUGCCUGCAGACCAGCAAAGGAUAACUCUGAGAAUGUUUCUGAUGAAGAUAACUGUGACGCAGAAAGGGAAAAGUUGGAAGAAGCUUUGGCCUUGGGAAGUGAUGACAGUGACGAUGACACAACAUUUGGUGAUGACGAUGAGGAGAAGGACAACGACCGUUUUGGAAGAGUUGAGCAGUUACGUGCUGAACUGGAAUCUGACAUUGGCUUGGAAAAGCUGGUCCAAGUUUAUGAAAUCAUCAAGAAAAUGCAGGAAGAUGACAGUGGCACCCUGGGGCAGGGCUCAAACAUUGCCAUAGAAAUCCUAGUACCGUCCAAGGAACAAUUGUUCCCAAAGAUUUUUCAGCUAGUGAUGGCUGAUAUAGCAUUCAAUGAAGAUAACUAGAGGCUGUUCCAUGACUUGGAGAUGCUAGAAAAACUGUUGGUCUCAGACCUGGGAUGACGCCAUGUUUCGGAAUUUUAACAUCUGCUAAUGUACGUCAUUUCUACAUCAUUCCUUUGCUGGAUAACCGGACAUUCCAAACCGUUUUUGCUACAGAUUAAA